AUGAACUAUCAAAAGCCAAUAACCCUGCCCGAUCUUCCUCUCGAGCUAUUGCUCAUGAUAUCUGACCACUCGUCGUUCGCUGAUGUUGCUUGUCUCGCCCUAUGCAACCGCCGAUUGUUGUCUUCCUUGGGAUCUGCAUGCCGCAACCUACCAAAGGGCCGCACUGGGGGCCCUGAGGAUGGGCCGCGGAUCGAUUUCUUGACACGCUUUCUCGUGAUUUACCACAGUACCAUCUCUGCCACGCCUGCCUACGACUACAUCUUUGGCGAAAAGUGGCUCUACCAGGUCCCAAAUUCAAAGUUCUAG